UGUGCCAUAGAGGCUGACACCCAGAUAACCAAUCGGAGAGAAGCGAUAGGUCGUUUCCAGGGUGACGGUGUCGCGCCUGGAAAUGGGUGUCGUAGGAAUCGGGAACAAAAUGGAAAAGCUGCCACUGCUGAUUAUAAUUUAUAUUAAUAUAUAACAUAUUGGAGUAAAACAAUAAUCUUAUUUAUUUUAUAUUGAAAUGUUUAAAUGGCGAAGUUGAAAGGAAAAGCUUCAAACCAAUGCGUUGCCGACUGUAGUAGGGUACAGACGAAGACGUCAACAGCUGUUUUUCAAAAUAAUUAAACUGAAUAAUUACAAUAAAUAUUUUGCGGUGAGCCAAAAAAUAAUCUGGUCAAACAGCGCAGCUACGAAUACAUUGACUCUACCUAGUAUGACAACAAUCUUACAAUAUAAAAAGCCAGCACGCUAGCCGCAGAGUUUUAAAAAUAUAUAUGAUUUAAACAAAAGACAAAAGAACACAUCGCAAAUUCUGGGAAAAGGAAUUCUGUUGAAGGAGGGGAUGCGUCUUUAAUGAAUUUCAUGUGGUGUUGUUGGCCGCUAUUGUGUGUUGUUGCCAGCAGGGAUGCUGAAACAGUACUCGGAUCGUGUACUGUCUGAGAAAGCAGAACUAAUGCAGAACUCCGUCUCAGUCAGGGUUGAAGAAGGAUAGAGAAGAACGUGAAGCGCAGCCGGCAAUCUGUGACUAAACCACGGAUAAGAAAUCCAUUGAACUCCCGGUGAAAGAGCACGCCUAGAUGUUUGAUUCUGUAUUCAUUCUGAGAUGUCAAGGACUAGGAUACCUUUUGUCCCGAACUGCAUUACAGUCCUGAUUGAAAGAUGAAUAUCUGCGACAAGAACCCAAACCGGACAGCCCCUGAGAAGGAAGCAGGGACGUCCCCCCCGGCUGACCCCCCCCAGUGCUCCAGGACUAACGGCUGGAGCUGGCCCCCGCACCCCUUCCAGCUGCUGGCCUGGCUGCUCUACAUCUACUUCGCUGUCAUCGGCUUUGGCAUCUUCAUCCCUCUCCUGCCGACUCAUUGGGUGCCUGCAGGAUAUAUUUGUACUGGCGUCAUGUUCGUUUGUCAUCUGUUUGUCCAUCUGACUGCCGUCACUCUCGACCCUGCCGACAGGAAUGUCAGAGUCAAGAACUACAGAGGCCCAGUUCCAGUGUUGGACCGCAGCAAGCAUGCACAUGUGAUUGAGAACUGCCACUGUUACCUCUGUGAGGUGGACGUGAGCCCCAAGUCAAAGCACUGCAGUGCAUGUAACAAGUGUGUUGCCAAUUUCGAUCAUCACUGUAAAUGGCUGAACAAUUGUGUGGGCAGCAGGAAUUACUGGCUUUUCCUGAACAGUGUGAUUUCAGCCCUUAUUGGAAUACUUCUUGUGGUCAUCAUCGCCUUGUAUGUGUUUGUUGAGUUCUUCGCAGAUCCGGCAAUGCUGCGCUCCAACAAAUACUUUCAAGCAGUCAGAAAUGAUUCUGGCAUCUGGUUCGUGUUCCUGCCGGUGGCUCCAGUGUCGACGACAGGGCCCGCGAUCCCUGCUCUGGCUGCCAUCACUAUCGCUCUGGGGCUUCUCUCCACCAUCCUGCUGGGCCAUCUGCUCAUCUUCCACAUCUAUCUCAUGUGGAACAGAUUAAGUACAUAUGCAUAUAUCAUGCGUCAGCGCCAUCGCCAUGAGGCCCCGAGCACUCGCAUGCAGAACGAGGGGAAGGAGGCUCUACCUCCAAAAAUGAAUCCAAUAAAGGAUGUUGGUUACUCAAGGACUCUGGGGUACACCAAUCCUGAGAUCCAAGUGGAAGAUCCUGCUGUAAUAGUAGCAUCAGGAAAAGACAUAUCGAAGCGCUAUGGAAACGGGACCCUGAGGAAGUCCAGCAGCAGUAAAGCAGGAGAGGAACCCCGUCCCACCAUCUCCAGCGAGCAGCAGCAGCAGCAGCAGCCAGCCCGCAGGACAAGCACGCAGAAGAAUAAAAAGAAGAAAGUGCCAGCAGAAAUUAUCAAUGACAGGUCGCUGGAAAACAAUUCAAACAAACUCCCAGGAGUGUCUCCUUCCGAUCCAGGACCCCCGUUUGGUGCUCUUACCGUUGCUGCCUCCCAGAGUCUCAUGCUCCCCAUCCCAGUCUUUCCUCAAAGAGCCUCUCUACCUCCCCUGGUAGCCAGCGCCGCCCCAGUCCAGGCCGCGGGGCCCCCUGCUGACUACCACUCUGAUUCCGCAGAGUCCAUGGACGAGAUUCCCAUCGCACAGACCCGCCUCGGCAGCGCUGCUGUGGGAGGAUACACCAGCAACUCCCGACAGAAUCUCCUCUCCAAACCUCGCCUCCCCCCACAGGACCACUGGCCCCUGCAGACUCUACCCUCCCCACAGCCCAGAACCAUGAGGAGGAGCUUGAAGAGGCCCCUGAGCACAGAGCAGAAAUUCAAGCUGCUCCCUCAGCCCCCCACCGUGUACGUGAGUAAGAGCAGCGGGGAUUGCAGGGUCCCCCAGCUCCGGGGUAACCCCACCGCAGUGGAAGAGGGCUCCUCUGGACACAGUAAAUGGAAAAGGACCAGUAAGAAAAGCCACGAGUACGACAGCAGCAGAGACACAAGGACAGGUACAAUGCUAGCGUGAACAGAACCCAGUGAUGGGGGAGGUUACUUUCAAAAAGUAAUCAGCUACCAGUUACAGUAAUCAGAUUACAGUAAUGCGUAACUCCCCAUCACUCGCAGCAGCAACACUACAGAUCUACAGAUAAAUAGUAAAGCUGUGUUUUUAAAUAAAUUACAAAAAGAUUUUUUUUUUAAAAUUUUUAAAGAAAAAGAAAAAUACAAAAAUGAUAAAUCAAAUGUUGAAAUUGUGAGAGAAUUGUUUUGUGCCGUAAUUGUAUCCCUUUCCCCGUAGUAAUGGUUAAUAUUGCUUAGGUUAUAAAAUUAUUUCAAAUGAUUUCAACUAAUAUUAUCUGUUACUGGGGCGAGAUACCGAGAUAGUGUGUUUCUUGAUAUACUCUGUUCAGUGCCAAAGGCUAAACCUUGAUGGGAAGGAAGUACCAUAUACAGCACCAGUCAGUGGUCAAGCCAACUGAAACCCCCUUUUCUUUCCUAUUGGUUUGAUUCCUUAGUGUUGUGUGGUAUUUGAAAUAGUGACCUCUGUACCUAUAUAGAAGAACCACCUGUCUAUAGUGACCCCACCCUCACACAUCUCGAUAGGAAGACCACUUUUAUAUAGUAUGUGUACAGUAGCUAUAACUCUACCUCUAUCUGUGAGUGCACAGGUGUUUCUAAGUCUGGUUUCUGCCAUAUUGACAGAAAUUCCCUAUCAUUAAUAACUUUCGAUUCCUGGCUGUGGUAGGGAACGCACCAGCCUAGCACACCAGCUUGUAACUCCUUCAGUUCUUACAAUCAGUUUAACAUCUUAGUGCAAUAUUUUUAAAAUGUGAUAUCCCUUUUAAUUUAAAUGAACCGAUUUUAUUAUUUGAAAUGUGUUUGUUCACAGAGAGUUUAUUUUUAACCUUUUCUUUUCUUUUUUUUUUUUUUUUUUUUUAAA